AACUACCCACAGUCUACAUGUAUUGUCUGCAAAACGCGAGGAUAAACACAAAGCCAGAUUCCGCGACAGACGCUGCCGCACUUUCCCAAAUUGAAAUCCCCGUCAGGAGAGAGAGAGACACAGGGAGAGAGAGAGAGAGAGAGAGAGAGAGAGAGAGAGAGAGAGAGAGAGGAGGGGACUGCAGAACAUGCAGGGUCUGGAUGAAUAACCAUGGCAACAGCAGCAGCAGCAGGAGAAGCGGUGAUAUAAACAUUGCGAUUUACUCAGUAAAGGCUGGAACCGAAUCCUCUGCGGAUAUUACUCUUCAUCACUGCGAAGGUGAUGAGUGGGAUUAUAUCAUGUCUGAAGUACAGGGAACACUGGAGUUUUCUGUAGAGCUGCAUAAGUUUCACAAUGUGGAUCUUUUUCAAAGGGGAUUCUACCAGAUACGAGCAGGGUUGAAGGUCUCACCUCGAGUGCCCCACAGGUUGAUAGCAACAACACAAGACAAUACAGGAGAAUGCAGCUUCAGCUCUGCGGGGGUUUACGAUGGCACCGUGUUCAGCCGGAUAUUUCAGAUCCUUUACAGAAAUGAGGAGAUUACGGUGAAUGACUGUAUGAUCUUUAAAGUCCACUUGCUAUUGGACGGAGAAAGGGUGGAGGAAGCCUUGAGUGAGGUGGACUUUCAGUUGAAGCUGGAUCUUCAUUUCACUGACAAUGAGCAACAGCUGGCAGAGAUAGCGACUGUCCCGUUGAUCAGCAGUCGGACCCUCAGCCUCCACUUCCACCCGCGGACAGGCCUCCACCACCACGUCCCUGUCAUGUUUGACUACUUCCACCUGUCCGUCAUUUCUGUCUCCAUACAUGCUUCACUGGUUGCCUUACAUCAGCCGCUAAUCAGCUUUGCACGUACAGGGAAGGGCUCCUGGCUGGGGAAGGGCUCGCCAGAGAGCGCAAGCGACCCAUCUGCCAUGUCUGUAGAGAACCUUGUGUUCGGAGCUGGCUACUGCAAGCCUGUCAUCUCUGAGGGGAGCUUUUAUGUGCCCAGUGAAAACUGCCUGCAAAGGGCUCAUACGUGGCACCGAAGGCUCUGUCGCCUCCUGUUGGUCGCACACAGAGGCCUGCACACCUACUUCACCGCACUGUUGAAGGAAAUCCCACAGCUCCAGCAGACUCCACUAGACUCAGAGGUGCUGCCAGUAGAGGAAACUCUAAAUCAGCUCACAAUAGUGUUACAGCUGCAGGAAGGCCAUGAGAAGGUAGCGGAGCAAAUCAGCAGGGACGUGAGCCAGCUCUGCUCCCAGCUGGCUGCUCUGUGGAGCCGCUUCCUGGAGGCCGCUAUGCUCAACCCCCACAUCCUCUCCUACCUGGCCCAGGAGCACCACACGCUCAGGGUCAGGAGGUUCUCAGAGGCAUACUUCUUCACCGAACACCCCAAAGAGAUAUCUCUGACUUUUCAAGAGGAAUUAAUCAACAGACAUGGGCAGAUAGCUGCAGAGGUGCGGAGCUCAGACUACCUGACCAAGAUGCCUCCUUUACCUGUUGAGUGCCUGGACAUCGAUGGAGACUGGAACAGCCUGCCUAUCAUCUUUGAGGACAGAUAUGUGGAGUCUCCUCAAACAGAGUGGGUAACACAUGUGCCAACCACUGAUGGGCAGACCAACUCAGAUCCUGCGAUCACUGGUGCCAAUGGGAUUUUUGAAAGCAGCAAGGGAGCCAGAUCACCAGCAAUACCCCAGGAUCCCUUGGACAGUGAUGACUGUAUGGACUUGCCCACGUAUGUCUCACUCAUAGCAGAGCAGAGUAAGGCCAGUACCAACAUCAGAAGUACCCAGAACCUCAUUCCUGCUGAGGACAGUGCUGAACCCUCUCUAGCAGAGGCAGAAAACUUGAAGGAACCAGAGGAAAAACAAGGCCAGGUUGAGGAGAACUGUAAUCCAGGCCUGAGGUACAUCACAGUUAAGCCUUGUGAUGUGAAGCCAUAUAGAGGAGAAGCAGUCCUGGUUCUCUCCUCACACCAUAAUCCCCUCAUUGACUCUAAUAACAGCAGUGAUGAGUCUCCUGCUCAUCGUGUAACAGAAAACACCGUCCAACUUUGUGUUGCCACAAACGACAGCAAUGCAAGAGAGAAUGAAAACAAUGAAGAGGAGUCUGAUAUUGCCAUGCCAUUAAAUCACUCCAUGGAUGAUGAGAGUGAGGAUGUUCCUCUCACCAGCCUACCCGCUGCCUAUGGGCAUCCAGUUAUACCUCCCUGUCCCGGUGAUCUCAGGAAAGAGAUGACUCACCGGGGAGGCCUAGUUGGCUCCAAGAUCAUGAAGCGCUCGUCCUCAGUUAUUUCCGACUCAGGUAUUGAGAGCGAGCCCAGCUCAGUGGCCUGGCCCCUGGAGGCUGCACUGCGAGGCCAACCUCCUCUAGACUUCUCCAGCGAACGGGAGAUCCCACAGCAAAUAGUGUGUCGCCACCCGGUCCACCGCAGCUCUCUAGAAGGCCUGCAGAUGGAGAGCAACGGCAGCCUUCCAAGUGGAGGCAUACAGGCCUCACUCACCUCUAUUAGCUCCCUGCCCUAUGAGGAGGACCAGCAGCAGAGGCAGCUCAGCAAACUGACCAAGUCAGUCUCUGCGCCGCAGAUAAGUAGCCCUGAAGACACUGAGGAGGACCAUGUGCUGCUCAACCAGGAAACAGAUACUAAGAGCUUAGUGCAACACCAGGAUUCAUUUAAGAUCAACUGCUCUUCAUUGAACUGUAACCUGGAUUCGGAGCAAUCUGAAUCAUCUCUAUUAGACCCGAGUUUAACGUCAAACCCUCCACAGUACUUGUCAGAGACAUACAGAACCAAGUCAGUGUUGAGUGGUGUGUCUGAAGUCUUGCUUUUACAAGAGUCUGUAGAAAGCCCUCAUGUGAAGGAAAGUGCUGUUAUUGGCCGCCAGGGGAAGAAUACGAACCAUCAAACACACAUCAGUGGCAUAAGCGCCUCAGUGGAGGAUGUGUAUCUCGUUGAAACGGAAGCAGUGCCAUGCAGCUGUAGAAACAAACCAUGUGUGCAUAAAAGUGCAGCCGAUCAGGAGAGAACUAACACUGCAGAUGAGUGCCAAAGUUUCCAUCAGACCGAAUUGCUUAAUGUUGAGAACCAGGAGUGUCUGGAUCCCUUCCCAACACGUCUAGAGCCUUCAGGGCUUCAACACACCAAUGACCGCCCCAACAGUACCACCCCCACACAGAGGCCGAGUGACCUUACAGGGCUGAUAGCCAAUGAUAUCGCAUCAUCUGUUGUCCUCAAUGGGAUAUCAGCCAGUGAGAAAGAUCCUUUAGACUGCCAGACUAAGCCCUCUAAGAUCCCCAACUCAGGGCUGGCCUUUGUGAAUAAGAAGAUGGUGGAGGUGGUGAACAUGUCAGUGGCUUGUGCCCCGACCUGCCUGCCAUUUUCUUCUGUUCUGAGAGACUCUCCAUCCAUCAGUGGAAUGUCCGCUCGCCAGGCUACCUCACCUAUCACCCAUCAGCCCCUGGGCUCCUUUGGUAUCAUCUCCUCGUCUUCACUCAAUCCCCUGAACAUGGAUGACGAGACCAAUGAGCGAAUGCUAAAUUUCUACAAAGCCAAAGAGGAGCUGUUCAAAGAGUUGAGCUUUCAGGCCAGCUUAUAUGGCGACCUUCCUCACCUGGCAUCAGAUAUGCCCUACUUCCCCCCUGAGGAGGACGAUGAGGAGUUUGAUGACGGCAUACACCUUGUGGUGUGUGUCCACGGGCUUGAUGGAAACAGCGCAGACCUUCGGCUGGUGAAGACUUUUAUUGAGCUGGGACUGCCGGGAUCCAGGCUGGACUUCCUCAUGUCCGAAAGGAACCAGACUGACACGUUUGCAGAUUUCGACACCAUGACAGACAGGUUGCUGGAUGAGAUAAUUCAGCAUAUCCAGCUGUACAAUCUCACCAUAGGCAGGAUAAGCUUCAUCGGCCACUCUCUGGGGAACAUCAUCAUCCGCUCGGUGCUGACGAGGCCUCGCUUCCGCUGCUAUUUGCCCAAGCUGCACACUUUCCUCUCGCUGUCUGGCCCGCACUUGGGAACGCUGUACAACAACAGCACGUUGGUCAGCACAGGUCUGUGGUUAAUGCAGAAGCUGAAGAAAUCAGGUUCCUUGCUGCAGCUCACCUUCAGAGAUCACGUUGAUCCGCGGAAAACAUUCCUCUAUCUCCUGAGUCAGAAACCAGGGCUCCAGUUCUUCAACAAUGUGGUGUUGGUGGCAUCUCCACAGGACCGUUACGUUCCUUUCCACUCUGCCAGAAUAGAGAUGUGCAAAACUGCUCUUAAAGACAGGACCACAGGGCCUGUGUACACUGAGAUGAUCAACAACCUCCUGCAACCACUUGUGGAGGCUAAAGAGUGCCGGCUGAUCCGCCAGAAUGUGUUCCACGCUCUCCCCAACACAGCCAACACCCUCAUCGGCCGUGCCGCCCACAUUGCUGUCUUGGACUCUGAGCUUUUCCUGGAAAAGUUCUUCUUAGUGGCAGGGCUCAAUUACUUCAAGUAAAGGUGCUAGUACUGGAGGCUUACAGGACAGAACCUGUUGGUGGCUGAUGGAGCUGAUUCUGAGGAUAAGGUCCUUACCUUCACUUUGUACCGUAUAUUCAAUGUAUAUAAUCCCUGAUAUCCAAGAGACAAGGCCUGCAUAUCCCAUUUGUUAGGAUUGUUAGCAACUGUUAUUAAAAGAUCAGUGUAUUGUGACUGUUUAAAUUGCUAACUAAGAAGUCUGAGUUUGACGUGUAGCCAUGCAAAACAAAACAUCUGACAUCUAUCACAGGAUUGAUUGUAGAUGUUUUGUUGGCCUUAUGAAUAACCUCUCAGCCAGAACACUAACAGAUGCUAAUUGUGGUCGAAAGCAUUUAACUACUUUCCCUUUAGAGUUGGUUUAAAACCUGGUUGAUUGAUUUCUUCUUUAAGGGUUACACCGAUGAUAGUCGUAAACUAUCCUUGAAACCGAGGCAAUAGAUGCGCAGCAUUUAUCCUAUCCUCUUGAUUGUACAUGAAGUAUUUUGUUGUACAAAACAUAGAUGUUCCUUUAUACAGAAAUGAAUAUAUUGUUUAAAUUAUUUAUUUUUAUCUGCUUAUGUGUUUACAGUGUAAGUAGCCCAUCUAAAUGUGAUCUUUUGUGUGUUGUUAUCAUCAAAUCUAUCAAAUGAAAAUCAAAGUGUUUAUAAAGUAUCCAAUGGAGACAGAAGUGUUACCCCAUGUAGCCUAUUAUUCAGUAUAAUGAAUACCUGCUUUUUCAUACAUUUACUUAUGUUUCGCUGUACAUCAGUGCAACCUAACUCACAGUAUCUUUGAUACCAAAUGGCUUUACCUGCUGUGUUAGCCAUCACUUAUUAAUUGAUUGUUUGCACUGAUUUGAUUGAUUGACUAGAUUUAUGAAUUGAUCAUUUACUGUUGCUAUGCCUGUCAAGCUGUCCAGGCUCGCACAGUUUACACAUAAACAGUUUACAAUCAUAACAGUGGCAGAUUACAUCUCAAAAUUCUUAGUCAUUUUUGAAACAAUGGGUCCUUGAUUUCAGACAGAGGUAGACAGAGGUAGAAAGCAGGCUUUUAAUUUCUCUCAGUUUUGUUGUCUUAAAUGACAACUGUCGCAGGCAGAAUUUAUCAGCUGUAGCUAGCUAGCUAAUGUUAGCUACAUGAGUUGGUUGAAAACGCUUUCUACAGACUGUUAUUUAGUUCUAUUCUAUUUUGUUCUAUUACAGCCCUGUUCGGCUGUUUAGCUUAUUCAUGCAACUUUACGUCUGCUCAACAUCCAUACCCCCCCAGCACUGGCUCUAUGACCCCCCACUUUGAGAACUACUGCUAUAGUCCCAUGUACGUGCAUAGUUACGGUUGCUAAGCUAUGAUUGGACAAUUGCUGUUCAGGGUAGGGGUUUAGCCAUAGAUAUAGAAAUGUAGACACCUCAUUGGUCGCUGCUGUAUGUCGCCGCCAUGCAUUUGUGCGUCCACCAUAUUGGAGCGGUCAAGAUUAUAGACUGUAUAUAAAGAUGGAGGACAUGACAGCUCCCCGAAAGUGAAGCAAAAACAUCUCUAUCGCUCCCUGGUGGCUGGCUGCAAUAUAGGUCAUAAAUCCCGCACUCCAUGUUAGCGGAUGGGACAUGGGCCAAACUUAAAACUCAAAGAUACGUCAAAUACAUUUUUCCCAAAGACGGUUUCUGUCAUUUUAGGUAGUUCUUAUCACACUGAUGUCUGUUCAAGUGCUCAUUUUCAGUUUGGUUCUAAUUAGUUAUUUGAUACUAUAAAAAGGGGGUUUCAAAUCAUGAUUGACAGCUAAGGCCGGCUCGCAAUUGAGUCGGCUGGGUGUGUGAGCGGGACCCUGAUACCACAGCUCCAACCCCGAGCUCUACUGCGCAGACUCUGACUCCAAAUGACGUCUAUAUUUUGGCUUCAUUUGCGUACAGUGGGAGGAAGUGGAGACAUGUCGUCCAUCUUUAUAUACAGUCAUUGGUCAAGUAGUAGUAGUAAUAGUGUGUAUUGAGAGAUGCAGACUUCACUAUAAUUUGACUGUAACUCACUUAAUUCUGAACCGAUUUUCAUGAAAUUUGGUUUGUUAUAUAGAGUAGUGAUACUGGACUUUAGACAUUGACACAAUACAAUACUAUAAUAAAAUACAAUAAUACAAUACUACAAUACAAAAUGAAUGAAUGAAAUAAAAGCUACAGAGUACUGUAGUAUCAUUAAGCUCAAAAUCCUUCUUUCUGACAGCUGUGGCCCAAGCUUUCCUUAGUCCAGGAUGGGGUACCUUUGACAAAAACAAGGUCAUCUCAAAAUUUCUUUUGGCAUGUAGCUGAAUGGUGCAGCCAGUGCAUUAUGCUAGCAACAUACAGUACAGUAAAUAUGGCUGACUAGAUCUAGCUACUUUAGGCUAGCUAGCGUGUAUAAUCUCAUGAGCACAAACGCAUUCCAGUUGAUAAUUUUCUAUAAAGUAAAUUAUACAAAGAAUGAGGUUGUAAGUAAAUAUCAUGAUUACCCCAAAUGUCGCACAUGCCUGCGGCUUUUUUCAAAGCAGUCUACUCCAUGAACAUCCAUGGUCUACUCUCUAUGACUCUUGACUGUUGACUGCCCCAACAUGGCGACUGCGCAGACGCACAUCGAAUUGCGAACACGGUAUCUACAUUUCUAUAUCUGUGGGUUUAGCAAACAGUCAAUUCUUUUUAUAAACUAUCAACAGUGUUGAAAAAAAUCUAUAGCAUUAUAACUACCACUAUAACACAAUUAAGAUACAUGACUUAUUACCAUUUUGCUCCUUGAAUCAUGUGACAGGGAGACAGAAAACAGGCUUACAGAUAUAAUUAACAGCAAAUAUACUGUACUGAGACCAUUAUUAUACAGUACAAUCUUAUGGUCUAAUGACCAUCACUUUCUUAAUGAGCCGUUUUAAAUUGUAGAUUCAAAUUCUCUACACAAGGAUAGAUUUCAUAAUGCACUUUGAAUUAAUUAUUUUUUAAAUGGUGUAAAUCAGGGUGUCAUUGCUUUUGUUUUCUGGAACACUGGAUGAUUUUGCAUAAUACGGACCCACUGCCAAGAUUCUCCCUCACACAUUGUCAUUUUCUAUAAACCAAGUUCAAUAUGAUGCAUGAUGAUAGCAGGGAAGCAGCGUCAGAGCAGACACUGCUCUCAUGUUCUUGAACAUAUUCGAUGCCAUAUUUCAUCUCAUCAGCUAAAUCAAAUAAAUGUUGUGUGCUUUUUUACAUGUUUCUCCACAACCUUUGCCGUCACAUUCAAGCGUGACACGAGAGAUGUCGUUUUCCAGCAUACUCGUGAGGACGGUUUCCUCAUCACUGUGCUGUCCAUCAAAUGAUGUUUACAUUUUGACAUUAAAGAACUGUUAUCAUAGUGUUGCUACAGACGUCUCAUAUCCAGCAGUAGUUGUGCAUCUGAUGCAUAUGUAGUUAUGUACAUACAGAGAGCUAUAUUUAACCUUUGCACUGGUUUGAUGGCAAGUGCACUUUAUUGACAACCUCCACUAGCUUUACAAAAUCUAAACAGCUAUUUUUCCUGUGUUUUUGGUUUAUACGUGCAGUGCUUCUUUAGAUAUGAAGGUCGCAUCCUGCAUUUGUUGUAAAACCUUACCCUGGCUGUCUGUCUCGGCUAUUCAAGCAUUGUAUCGUCUUCAAAGCGCACUGUCUCCCAGUACAAACAAUAACAUCGCAAAGUGCUCUUUCCUGUUCUGAAACUGUUGCUGUGGCACUGCAGAGUAAGCAGAGUGUCACCUUGAUUAACCCCCCACCACCACCACACACACACACACACACACACACACACGCGCACACACAGACACAAACACAAACACAUACUGUAUAUGGAUGAGGCUUUAGUUUGUUUGCCGUGUGUGUAAUCGAUGGAGCGAAAAAGUCUUUGUGGUAUUGAGAUUGGCCCCUUCAAGGGCAAAUACAGCUUUUAAAUGGUUUCACUUGAAAGCGCGGUAAUAGAUCAGAAAGAAUAGUAUUUACAUUACGCUGAACUCUAUUCUGUAGAGCAAAGUAUUUUUUGGUUUUUAUGACUAAAUGUGUCUGUACAUUUACAGUAUGCUGCUGUCAUAACUGAGAGUGAAUCCAUAUAUCCAAUAGAUCCUUGCAAGUGCUGUCAACCUUCAAAACUAGCUGACUUGAACCUUUUUGUAUUUGACUGCCCUUUACUGAGAGUCCUGUUCAUAUGUAUUGUGUGUGAGUGUGUGGGUGGGUGGAGGGUGGAGAAGGCUGUGUAAUAUGUGAGAAAGGAGAUGUGCAAUCAUUGUCUGCUCAUUGCUGAAACAUCCUUCAUGUGUUUGAACUGAAUGUAAAAAAUGUUUGACUUCACUGUGAAGAACAUGUAUUUAUUCCAUUCUGCAGUUAUUUUGCUGAAUGUAUAACAUGUAAAGUACAGUAAAUACUAUUUCAUCCGUGCCAAUACUACUCUAAUAUUUUUCUAUGUUGCUGACAGUACUGUAUGUAUUCCUUAGUAGCUUGUGUCCUAUGUAAAAAUAUAAAUAUAUAUAUAGCAUAGUAUUAUUUAACAGAUAUGAUGUUACAAUAAAAUUGUUCCUUUGGAAUUAUUAUUUUA